UUUAGUAGGGGUUUUGAACGCGUCGCGUACGAAGCUCACCAAUCGAAGAGGAAAUUUUACCAAAGAAAGGGCAUUCGAACUAUUUUGAAGUUUAGCGAUUUCGAGUUUCCGGGUGUAUAUGCGUGUGUGCGUGUUCGAAUUGAAAGCAAAUUUUAUAACUAUAAAUAUGCGAAGUCAUAUUUGAUACCGGAUAUUUUCAUAUAUAUUCAUAUUAUACAUAGAAUCUGUGGAACGUGGGAAUUUGAAACGACCUAUAUAUUUUAAAAUCAUCGAUAAAAAAAAUACUUUUUUUAUAUACAUACAUAUAUUUAUAUACAUCUGUAGAGUGCACACAUGUAUGUGUAUGUGCCCUGAACAUCAUUAAUACAUACGUAUAUAAAUACAUAUGUAGAAACGCCUGUUAUCAGUUCCGAAAAAAAUCAUAUUUGUUUGUAUUUAAACAAAAAUUGAAUGAAGCGCCUGUGAGAUAUAAAAUCUUUGAACCACCAAUGAAUUGCGCGCAUAGUAAACGUAAUCGUUAAAAAUAUACUUAAGCGUUAAUAAUCAUCAAACGAAAAAGUGCAAUAUUCAACCAAAAUUAAUUUAAAGAAUCUAAGAAGAAAAUUAAAAAAGGAUCUGGGAGGAAAUUAAAAAACAAAAAAACCUUCGAAUCGAGUAUUUUCACCACAAUGAAGCGCAACAGGUGUUCAAGUUUAGUGUUUUUCUUGUUGUUGGCCGUUCUCAGUACGAGUGUGGGCGCUUUUCAUAUCAUCGCUUUGAAUCGCCAAUACGAAUAUGAGUAUGUCGGUACGGUGGUGGUGGGUGCGAAGGCACCACAAGAAGAUGAACAUCCGGCUCCGCCGACUUCCGGUUGGAUUGUGCGCGGCAAGUUGACGCUACAACGCCAGACGGCUAACGUUUUAGCCGCAGCGCUCGUCAUCGAUGACAUAACACUUAAUAAUUCCGGUGAAAAAUUUCUGCAGAAUAAGGAAAUGUAUCCGCCAUACAAGCCCUUCAAAAUCGUGCUCACACCAGAAGGCACAGUCUCACAUCUCUUCUUCAAAGAAGCAGAUCCUAUUUGGUCAACAAAUUUCAAGCGUGCCAUUGCAUCUAUACUCCAAUUUCAAGUUGAAUCUACAGGUGCUUUUGUAGUGGAUGAGAUCGGCAUACACGGCAAAUGUUCGACGGAGUAUUUUGUCUCGAACAAAACCAAUUACAUUUCCAUACGUAAAACACCGGAAUUGAAGAAUUGCACACCUUUCUCAGAAGCCAUACAUGUCACACGUAGCAAUGUGCCCUCCAACACGUGCGAGUUCGACUUUCAAAAGAAUGUGAUUAUAGGCAAUGAGGCCAUUUAUGGCAUGCUACCACAUCCAGUCACUGGCUACUUUCUUAGCAUGGCCCAUGUAAAAGGCACAACUUUGAUACACACCUUUGAGUCGACUGGCGAGGCGCAAUACAUUAACUCAGAGUUGUUACUCAAUUUUUUGAAUGAGACCUCCAUAGACAAUCCCAUUGACAUUGAGACGUCCAUGUGCACAGAAAUUUCCGGUCUGGAAUUAUUACCGAACGAAGUUAGCGACCCAACGGGUGGACGCAAUCCCCAAUUACAGGAAUCACUAAUCACAGCUGCUUCCAGCAUGCUCAAUAGCCUUGCAGAGGGGCUAGAAAAUUCCGAACUAGAGUUUGGGGAGCCUUAUGAUACUGCCGUUUCGGAUUUGAUAAAAGUUCUGUCCGAAAUGGACUAUGAUUCGUUGAAUAAACUCUAUAGAGAUGUGGAUAUCGGUACCUCUUAUCGGCAAGAGACAAUACGCAAUAUCUUUCACGAGAUUAUACCGCGCAUCGGCACAAAGGCAUCAGUAUUUUUAACCAAAGAUUUGGUGCUGGAAAAGGAUCUGAAGUCUACGAUUGCGGUACAACUCUUAAUAUCAAUACCGUUUCAUAUAUUCGAGCUGUCGCUGGAAUUGGUGAAAGUCUGCGAGGUCUUUUUGACAUUAGGGCCUGAUCGUCCAGAUGUGCACCAAGCGGCAAUUUUGAGUUUUGCCACACUGGUGCACAAUGUUUUCAUGGCUGGACGCAUCAAUAAGGACGUAUUCGAGGAAUAUGUACAAAAGUACUUUAACCUCUAUUUGAAUAGCCGCGAUUAUGAACAGAAAAUGCUGUAUCUACAAGGUCUGAGCAAUCUACAAGUGGGCAAUGUAGCCAACUACCUGGAUCCCAUUGUUAGAGAUCCGAAUGAAAAUGAAGAUAUCAAAUUUCUAGCCGCCUGGGCAACUUUAUCACUAGCCACCGAACGGGCAGAACGAAUCUAUGAAAUAUAUUGGCCUAUUUUUGAAUCCCGCAACGCCAGCUUGGAGUUGCGUGUCACCGCCGUUACCCUACUGCUGAUUUCAAAUCCUACAGCAGCACGCCUUAUCAGUAUUCAUCGCAUUAUACAGAGCGAAACAGAUCCGCAUAUGAUUAACUACUAUCGCACAACCAUCACGAGUAUAUCUGAGACGACUUAUCCCUGUUACCAACAUCUACGCCGUUUGCUUUCGUAUAUGCAUCGACAUUUGCCGCAAAAACCAGAAUCACGUUAUUGGGUCACUGGAAAUUAUAUAUUCGAUUAUCGCGAUUCGAAAUUCGGUAUUGGCGCAAUGUUACAGGUCUUUUUGGUGGGCGACUCGAAAUCAGAUUUGCCCGUGGUUGCAUAUUUAAAAUUCGAUACAGAAGCAUUGGGCAAAUUUACCGGACAAUUGGCGCUCUACAUUAAAGCACGCGGUCUUCCCGAUGCAAUAUUCCACAAAUUCCUUAAAAAUGCUGCAACUCCAUUAAAAUUCGAACACAUCAAGGAAUUACUUCACGCAAUGAAGGCGCCAAUUAUAGAAUCGAAACCAUUGCAUCUUGAGUUUAUUUUACAAAUGGAGGGCAAAACAGUGUUGUCAUAUUACUUGAAUCAGAAAACUUUUCAAAAACUAACCUAUACAGAUCUCAUUAGUCGCGUUAGCUUCAUUAUACGCGCCGACAGCCACAUCAAUAUGCAGACUGUUCGCUGGCCUUUCAUGAAUAAAUAUUCGGUACCCACCGUAUUGGGCACUGCCUCGGAUGUGCUACUCCAAACCACGGUACUCACUUCACUGCGUGGCAACAUUACACAGCAUCGCACCAACGAUUUAAUGAAAUCAGCUCUGGAGAUUGAUGCGCGAUACUCCUCGUAUGCAUCGUGUCGCAGUCGUAGCUAUAAUCCAUUCUUGAACUUGGAUCAUGAAAUUAAUCGCGAACAGGGUUUUCUCAUCUAUGUGCCGUUCAAUACUGAUCUGAAUAUGAAUAUCACUAGCAAAUGUUUGCGUUACUCCUUCCAGCGUCCGGAGAAUAUGACAAGUGGGCUUUCGUUUAAAUCACGUUCGAUUACUUCGACUCGUGGUCAGAUAACAAAGGCAACUCAGCCGUUCGAGGAAGUUAUGUACCCGGAUCGUCUUGUAGAUGUGUUUCAAUUGUUCAAAUACGAUACGGAGGAUUUGGGCAUUUCAAUGUCCAUCAAAACGAAUCUUAACGAAUUAAAUAAAUAUCGCGGCAUGCUGCUCAAGUCGGAAUUUAUGGAAAACGGUUUUUCACGGAAUGUGGUCAUAAACUUUUUGAUGUAUGCCUUUGGUGUGGCGCAGUUGAGUUCUAUUCAUCUUGGGCAUGAUCGAAACUUUACAAUGCUUGUACAGAAUGAGAAACCAACGAAGAUCGAUGGCUCGAUUUGUAAGCAAGAUCUACUUAACACAGCCAAUAAAAUUGGACAACAGUUCAGUUUAACGAUGGAGCACUCGAGUAAUUUAGAUGUCAACGAAGCUUUGCAUAGCUGGAAUGUUACAAUGGAUGUAUAUUCCUCGACCAAGAAUAAUUGGUUUAAUGUUAUUGGCACUUUGGAGCGAACAUCGAAGAUUGACACCCGUGAUUGGAAGGCACAAAUCAACGCAACUUAUGCACCACUCGUGUUUACGAAGCGGCCACACACCUUCUAUUUAGAUGUUGUAUUCGGCAAUGCCAGCAAAACCAACGAAAACCCACAUAAUACAUCAAAAGUGCACUUUUCCGGAAGGGCGGGUCCAUCGGACUACGCGCGCGAUUUCCUGCUCUCAGACAAUCCACUCACCGACACUGACUUCUGCCCGAAGGAAGUACUUAAGUUCAGUCCCAUACCAACAUCAAAAUAUUGCAAGCGAAGUAAUUUUGAAAAUUUCACAUCGAUCACCAAAUACGAUAUGGAUUUAAAAUUCAAUAACAUGCCGGCCUGGUUUGACUUGUGGUCCACGCGACUCGAUCAUUUUGUUUCUGCCUUGUCAGAGAAGAAAGUGGAAAGCCUUAAUCUGGAUGAAGAGAUCAAAUUUUCACUGCAUGCACCAAACGAUUAUUUCUGGUUGACAGUGGAAAUGAAUGGCGUCAAUUGGCGCAUCUAUCAUAUACCCUUCCUACAAAAAUUGGACUCAAAGUACGAUGCUUCCCACGAGAUAUCCUAUGAUUCGGGUCUUAAACGUUCCUGCUCGGUAAUAAAUGGCAUGAUUAAUACCUUCGAUGAUUACCUAAUCAAUUUGAGCGAAUACACGAAAGUGACGGUGGCGAAUCACUGUCAAACCCUAUUGGCAGCCGAUUGUUCAGCGUUACCAGAGAUGGCCAUAUUCUUGUUGCCCUCGCCCGAAAGUGGUUUGAGCGCAAAUUAUGGUUUGCGUGUUUAUAUUGGACAGAAUUACUUUACCUUUAGGCCGGUGGACAAUCACACUAAGCUGCAGGACGAUGCGCCCAUAUAUAUAACUGUCAAUAGUAAUGAGGCAUUGAUAAAUUUGCGUGAAAAUCCGUAUCGGUAUCCAGAGAAUGAGACCGACUACGAUUUCCACGUGGAAUUAACCGAACAUAAUAUUUUAAUCGUUGAUAAUGCGCAAAUGCACUCGAACAUACAAUUCGACUUAUCCAAUGUGCUGAAUUUCGAAAUUUACGGCCUCUACAAGAGCAAAAUGUGUGGUCUCUGCAGCAAACCAUUAAAUACAAUGCAAAAUUACACGCUCUGCAUGCAGAAUUAAGAAGUUACAAGUUCGGAAGCGCGGAUAGCAAGCAGGCGGAUGCAGCUGCACUAUCCACUAUCCUACGUAUAACUGCAUAUGCAUAUAUGAUUGUAGAAUUGCACUUUUAUUCAUAGCGUAAAAAUUGAAACACAAAUUAAUGAGGAGAUACAAUAAAAUCAACUGAGAUCUAAUGACAA